UUGUCUUUCCAUUGCGCGUCCCGCGGGGUGUUUAGAGUCCUUUCUAAAGCGGUGAUAGCGCGCUAGGGCUCGCGCCCGGGAGCUCCAGUCGCGGACAAAGCGCGAGCGUUUCGUGCUGAUUGAUCAUCCCGUGCUUGCUCCAUCGAUCGAUGCGUCGUUCUUUAGUUUAAUGUUUAUCGCGGCGGCUUUGGCGGAUCUAAUCUUCUCGCGGCGAUGUUCGGUGGGAGCGGCAGCUCCAAGGCGACGAAAUGCAAGACGCAAUUGCGACUGGUGGUGUCGCGGAUCAAGAUUCUACGCAACAAACGCGAAAUCCAAGUCAAGCAUUUGCGGCGGGAUGUGGCCCAGCUCCUCCAGAACAAGCAGGAUGGAAAUGCACGCACUCGGGUUGAGCACGCGAUUCGUGAACAAAACAUGGUCGAUGCCUACUCGCUCAUCGAAGGAUACUGUGAGUUUCUAGCGUCAAGAAUCCAGAGUAUCAGUGGAAAGAAGGAAUGUCCUCCGGAGCUCAAGGAGGCCAUCGCCAGUUUGAUUUAUGCUGGACCGAGGUGUGCUGAUUUGCCGGAGCUGCUGGAGAUACGGUCGAUUUUCAGCUCCAAGUAUGGGAAGCAGUUUAUCGCUACUAUAGUGGAGCUUCGUGUUGGUUGUGGAGUUGGCAAGAAGAUUGUGGAGAAGCUAUCAACACAACCUCUCACUGCAGCCAUGAAGCUAAACUUCAUGGCUGAAGUUGCGAAGGAGCACAACGUGAAUUGGCAGCCCGCGGACUUGUCUCUUCCUGCCGAGGCACCUGAUACACCUCCGAAACAACAACAAAAGCCUACGCAACCGCAGCAAACCAACAGUAGCAGCUCUCCAACGUCGCCGCUUGACAAAAGACCUGCUAUUCCUGCCGCUCAACCGGCCGUUCAGCCGGCCCGUGUUCAACAAGAGUCCAAGUCCGAUUCUGACGACGAUGAACCUGUUUCAAAGCCUUCCGCAUCUCGUCCCGUUCAAAAACCCGGCCAUCAGCAACAGUUCAUUCCGUUCGUUCCACCAACUCCAGCGGCAACAGUGAGUAGCGUUCUAGAUCCUUACGCACAGUACACAAAAGGGAUUGUCAAUCCUUACGCUCACAAAGCUGCACCGCCCCCACCACCUCCACCGCCACCGCCACCACCACAGCAAAUGACUGAUGAUCCUUACAGCGAGUACAGAAAGCAGUUCAGUGGGAAUCAUGCCUACGCAGACGUUGCAACUGCCGCGGAAGCCGCUGCUCAGUCUGCUGAUCAUGCUGCUGCGGCUGCUCGAGCUGCUGCAACUCUUGCUCACAAGCAUCUCUCGCGGGAGACUUCAAUGACUUCAGAAGCGGAUCAGGGAAAAGCUCGGGUCAGGGAACUCGACUUGGUGGCGAAUCUGGAGGAUAGAGUAGCAUCCUACAUCAGAGCCCAUGCAAACGAUACGGAUUCGUCGGAAUGGGAAACUCCGACUCCACUGGCAAAGCAGCAAUCCUCGCCGAUAUUGAACCCAAGCAGGAACUUGCAGGGAGAAGCGGAAGUAGCUGAAAGACAUCGUUCAAUCAGAAAGUCCCAUACCACUGAUGGGAUUAACAUGGAAGAGCAUCAAAGAUGGAGGCAUACCACAGGUGAUGAAAAUGACCUCAGUCCAGUGAAGCAGAAGGCGGGUAGUCCUCUUGGAAUGCGAACUGGCCAUUUCGACAACAGCUUGUUUAGAAGUGAGCCCGCCGAGAAGAAAGAGGAGGCGGGGAGUCCUCUUGGAAAGCCAGUGUUUGAUCACUUUGGCGGUACAGAGGAGAAUCGGAGCUCCAGCUGGAUGUCAGGAUCUUCUUAUGACAAUCGGCCAGUAUAUGAUCAUUCGAGGCCAACAAGAUACGACGAAGAACCCGAGCAAACUUUCAACAGAAGAGCAGAAGCAUUAGCAAAUCGGCCUUCUUAUGAUCAUCAGCGCGAUGAGAUCAAGCUCAAGCCAGUUUUUGAUGAAGCUCCAGCGGCAGCGCCAGUGGUUUCCAGACUGGAUUCGUUCACUCUAAACAUGGAGACGAUGCACGGGAGCGUCCUGUCCAGAACCGAGAAGCUGUUCGAGAAAGAAGACUCGGAUCACUCGUCUCCAGCGCCGAGAUCGAGCCGGCGAGCCCGAUCAAACUUCCGGAGAAGCUUUGACGUCGAUGAUUCGGGAGAGGAAGAAGAGUCAAGCACCAGCUUUGAGAGUGAAGCCAAACCGGCACCAUCGUCCAUUCCCGCGGCUCCAUCUCAAGAACAACAGCCAUCAUCGUCGCCAUGGCGAUCGCGACCUCCUCCAACUCGCCCGCCUCCAACGCUCCAUCUCCAGCAAACCGAGAAUCUCGAUCCCAGUGGCAAGCACCUGGAUGUCCAGAAGCAAUUCCACGGUCACAGCGAGCAGUCAUUGCCGCCACCGCCAUCGAUGAGGACGCACAGGCUCGGUGGAGCAAGCGUUAGAACACGACGCACGUAAAUAUGUGUAGCAAAUUUGAGAUUUUUAAAAUUUGAAAAUUAGCGCGCGAACCCCUGCAUUUAGGGUUCUU